UUGCAGCCGGAUUCACCUAAUGUACGGAGGUCUAGGUCGUCAUUCAAUUCGUUACCACCUGAUAUUGAGAAGACUGUAGAUGAAUUUGUCGAUCAUCUAAGUAACAUCGGAAUAGAAGGACUUAAACAUGAAUUCACCAGCGUCUCUCAAUACAGAUGUCCCGAUGAACUUUACAAACAUGAAGCUUUUCUUGCGAAUUCAGACAAGAACCGCUACAAUGACGUCGUUUGUCUGGAUGCGACACGAGUGGUAUUACACCAUGAAGUACCUCCAUUAACAGACUACAUUCAUGCUAACUGGGUGAAGUUCGAAAAACAUGAUAGAAUAUUCAUAAUGACACAGGCCCCACUUGAAAGUACGAUAGGCGAUUUUUGGCGUAUGGUAUUCCAAGAAAACUGCCCAAGCAUUGUUAAUCUAACGCAGCCUAUUGAAAUAGAAAACAUGAAAUGUGUGCCAUAUUGGCCAAUGGAGAGCGGAAGUUUUAAUACAUAUGACAAAAUGUUUGUAAACACGAAAAAGGUGAAGUGA